GGAGCACCUACGCAUGUGUCCCCAGGGUUACACCUGCUGUACCAGUGACAUGGAGGAGAACCUGGCCAUGCUGAGUCGCAGGGAGAUGGAGGGAAUUCUCAAAGAUGCCGGACGGUCCUUGCAGAACACACUCAAUGGACAAUUCAAGGUCUUUGAUGGUUACUUCUUGGAGCUGCAGAACCGCUCUGCAGUCAGACUACAGGAGAUGUUCCCUGCAAUCUGGGGUGUAGUGUAUUCCCAUACGUCCGAGGUCUUCUCUGACCUGUACAUGGAUUUGAAGCUCUACUAUAGAGGCUCCAAUGUCAACCUGGAAGAGGUGCUCAACGAAUUCUGGGCCAAGCUGCUGGAGAAGCUCUUUUACCUGUCAAACAAACAAUAUGUCAUAGGUGAGGACUACCUGGAGUGCGUAUCUAAGCAGAUGGACACGCUACGGCCCUUUGGAGACAUUCCCCAUGUGGUGAAGACGCUGGUCAUGCGCACAUUUGUGGCAGCGCGCUACUUUGUUCAGGGACUGGUGGUCAGUGGGGACGUGGUACGCAAGGUGUCCCAGGUGCAGCUGAGCCAGGAGUGCACGCGGGCCAUGAUGAAGAUGACUUACUGUCCUCACUGCCGCGGCAUGGCCUCCGCCAGACCUUGCGCUAACUACUGCAGUAACGUCAUGAAGGGCUGUCUGGCCAACCAGGCUGACCUCAACACUGAGUGGAGGCAUUUGGCAGAAACUUUGAUUCAGGUGGCCGAUCGCUUUUAUGGUCCAUCGGGGGUGGAUGGCGUGCUCCUCUCGCUUCCCUUGCGCAUAUCAGAAGCCAUGCAGACAAUGGGGGACAACAUAAUGAGCAUCAACAACAAGUUGUACCAGGCAUGUGGCACCCUCAGAGAGGAAGGAGCCCACAGCACAGGAGGUGGUGAAAGCAUGAAGAGAGAGAGAGUUACAGUGGAGGACAAGCUGGAGACCUUCUCGAGCAAAAUAGAAAAGCUGGUGUCUGAUGUAAGCAUGAGGCUGAGGGAGAUGCAGUCGUACUGGGUUUCGUUUCCAAGUCUGCUCUGCAGUGACAGAGUGGCCACUGGGACAGGGGCUGAGGACAAGUGCUGGAACGGCAUAAGUCGUGCCAGGUACCUUCCUGAGGUGAUGGGCGAUGGCUUGGCCAGUCAGAUCAACAACCCUGAGGUGGAAAUUGACAUCACCAAGCCAGACAUGACAAUACGUCAACAGAUAAUGCAGCUGAAGAUCAUGACGCACCGCCUGAAGAAUGCCUACAACGGCCAGGAUGUGGACUUCCAGGACACAAGUGACGAUACCAGUGGUUCAGGAAGCGGCACGUGCAUGGAAGAGAUGUGUUCCCGGAGCCCCAAAAUCGUCAACCCCCCCACCGAACGACCUGUAUACUACCCCAACCUUCCAGUGAACAAGGAGGUGAAAGCGUUGGCCAACCAGAACCUGCCCUGCAUCGCCAUCUACCUGCUACCGCUGCUCAUUUUGCUGCUCCGGCGAUAAUCGCGGGGGAUUUUAACCAACUGGGACUGAGUUUGUGACACAGGGUUGUGGAGGCCGAACGGGGAGGGAGGAGAAGCUGGGGGAUAGUCACUUUGCCAAAACUAAGUAAAUUUAAGGAAACCACAAAAACAAAAUCACUUGGACGGACGUUGUUUUGGUUCUGGAUUAGAACAAAAUGGAAUUGCGAGUAUUCAUUAAUGUGUUGAUUCUGCUCUUCUCUUUUACUUCUUGCUAUAUUAUGACACAACUAGAGCUGGUCUUUUUUGCAUCUUGUAAUGUUUUGUUUCUGGUGUUUGGGUUCUCUGAGAUUAUAUCUGUACCUAAGACAUGUGUAAAACUAUAUUCCUAACAGUAUGUUGGUGUUGACACCACGGGGGGAGAGAGAGAGAGAGAAUGGGGCUUUGCAGUGGCACUCGGAUACAUAUAUUUGUAAUUCCACUCCUGAGAACAGCACUUCAGUGUUCAGUAAAAUUAUUUAUUUAUCAAUGACUCACAAUGGAUCCCCAGUAUUUAUGGCAAAAAAAAAAAAGAUCACACGUACCACAAACUUCAGUGAAAUAAAACAUUGAUUGACUUUCAUGGCAGUAUAAUCUCGACAUAAAGCCUCAGAAUACUUCCACGGUGAGGAAGAGUGCACUCUGUGUCAGCACUUUUUGCCAUCUGAGCUGUAAUAAUAGCUGUGAUCACAUUCACACUGACAUGAUCGUAGGAGUAACACGACCUACCAUUCACCACUCCAUCCAUCCACUCGUCCCUACAUUUUACCCUGCCACCUCCACCGAACCCCAAACCCCCAACCCCCACCCCUCUCAAAACCCUGCUGGCAGUGUAGGAUCAAGUCGAGAGCGGGGUGUAAGCAAAGCACAUGCUAGGCCGGGGAACAUCUCAGAUGACAGCGGCUUCCCACUAUAGAGCGCCGUAUGAGGAAUGGGGGUGUCGGUUUGAAAUCCCCUCCCACAGCAAAGGCUCGACAGUUUUGUAGCAGAACAGAACUACGCUUUUUAUUUUUACAGUAUUCCUACAAUAUGCACAGCAGAGUGAAAAUAUAAUAAGCAUCAUUUUGUGUGCUCCCUGCGAUAAUCCUCCUAAUUGCAUCCGGCGGUCAUAAGUUUUUGUCUGUUUGUAGCAGUGAUAGAUAUCACAAUAAAAGCCACACCAUGCAAAUCUUUGAACCAUACUAGUAUUGCUAUAGCAACCACAGCCGUGUACAUGUUUUGAUUUUUUUAGUUUGUUUUUUUUAGAGGAAAUAGCCGAUAAGAUAUCAACAUGUUAUAACAAACACAUCCUUUAAUGCUAUGACUCUUAUUUCUUUCGUUGUCUGGUCUGCCUUAUAUUUUUCUGCAACUUUUUUCACAUCAUUGCCUCUUUGUAUCCCACGCUCCGACUCCUUCUUUACGCUUCUCACCCCUCGACAGUUAUUAUGACCUUUAGAGCUUUGCUCAUGCUAUUACAUGAUGGCAAAGGCAAUAUGACAAUGACACAGUGCUUCAUUAUGUGUCAACCUUAGUGGGAAUGUGGUGGAGAUAUAGUGCGAGGCUUUCCCGGAUGAGGCGCUUGCUGGGAAAGCACAUUUUUAAUUUGAAGUCAGAGCUAUUAUUAUUUAGGAAUAGGGUGUGCAGAAUCGUGGGACUACGCUUGCAUGUGUGUAAAUGUUCAUGUGUUUGUGUGCACUUGUCUUUUAAAAACAGAGCAAAAAAAGUGGAGAUGGACAAUAUAGCCUGUUUGAAUCUUGUUUGGGUGGCACAGAAAUGUAUUAAAAUGUAUUGGACUCUUAUUGUAUGCUAUAGUGCUAUACAGCUGACGGCAAUGGGAGAUUAAUACGUCUCAUUUUUCAAAAAAUGAGUAUUUUCACCAUACUACUGUAAUAACUCCCAAACUGUAUUAAUCCUAUCUGUACUUGUCAGUGUUGUAUAUGACAGAGAAAUGGAUGUGCUUUUUAGUACAUCCAUUGCUUCAGUUUUACACUGGGCCAAUCUUCUAUAAUUCAUUUUGUUAACAAAAAUCCAUGUGAAGUUGACAGCUGAUAAUACUGCAAAUCCAGUAAAGUAGGUUUGGGGCUGUGUUAACUUGUAAGAGACCCAUCUGUUAGAUACAUGGUCAAUGAAUGAGAGAGACUUUUGUUAACUGACAAAUGAUAUCGAUGGUACUUAGUUUUCUUUUUCUUUUUUUUAAAUGCUUCAGUGAUGAAUGCUCUGUUGCGCUGUGUGUGCGUGUCUAUGUGCGUGUGCGUGUCUCUCUGUUAGUCCCUGGUUUAAGAAGUCUGCCUGUGACUGCCUUUGACACUUUUGUAUAAGGUUGGGGUCAAUUUGUAAGAUUUAAAAAAAGCCAGAUAUGAUGACAUAAGGUGUUAAACUGAGGAGAAAUACAAACGCUAAUACAAAAGCAAAGAUCUAUUAGCGAGAGCAUGGCAUGGGUCCUGGUUUUUGACACUUUCCUGAAUAAUCAGAAGAUGAAUGUGAAAAUAAGAUUUGAAAAAAAAAAAAAGCCUUGUAAAAGAAUGAGAAAUGACUCCAACUGUGAUGGUGACAUUCCACUUCGAUGACAACUUGCGACUUGAGACUCAGGCUUCGGUUUCAAUGACUCCCUCACAGUGUCAUCAGCUGAAAUUUGCACAACAACAAGCCCCCCCUCCCCACCUACCCACCCACCCCCUCUCAAUUCCAUCACCUUUUGAUCUCAUUAAUUUGUUGCUCAAAGUCCUUCUCCCUUUUAUAAAACCAGCACUUUUAUGAGGCCAAUAAAUGGCACUGUCAGCACAAAGACAUCACAAUCUGGUCAAUCAAUGCAUGAGUCAACACCUUCCAGGAACGACUAUUGAUUGGGAAUGUGUGUAUGCAGAGAGAUGUGGCCCAGUAAGAUGCCUCCUCUUCAACUGUGGUGAAACAGUGGUCGGUCCAGAGCACUGAGCUUAUAUCAGCCGCUCAAUCCUGCCCUCAUUUACCACUGUAAGUGGCAAAAUCAAAGCUGGUAAUCCAACCGUUGAAAACCGCUUUAAUCUACACUGAGUUGAGCGUGGGAGGCAUUUCUAAGGUGCCAAUGUUUAGGGGGGAAAUUAAUUUGAAUUGUCUUGUUUUUAUUUACAUAGUUUUUGUUGUUACCAGAAACAUAUGGAGAGUUUGGUGCCAGAAGAGAUGCCAGAAAGAGGUUGAAAAAUACAAAUGUCUCAUUUGCUGUUGUACCUGAAAUCUUGUGUCAAUUAUAUACAUUGUAAGAUUUUCAAA